CACCCUCCCCCAGGCUUUCUUGUUCUGGAGCCUCCCACACAUGGCUGGCAGGCCUUCAUCACAGCCUGCUGGGAGGGCUGUGUCCUGGAGAAGCCCUGGCUAGGCCACUGUCUGUGAUAACUUGAGCAGGGCUCUGGACUCCGUGGAAACCAUUUCUGUCAUUUUCGUUGUUCCUUCCAGGCUAUCAGGAAAUGGCCGUGGUUCCCUGGGAGAGUCCUGAGUGUAUGAGAGUUAAGUCACUCACACAGACACACACAAAAAUGAGGCAGAAAUGUGUACUGUGUCACGAUCCAGACUUUUAUUUUUAUUUAUUUUUUUUGGACAGAGUCUCACUAUGUCGCCCUGGGUAGAGUGCUGUGACAUCACAGCUCACAGCAACUCAAACUCUUGGGCUCAAGCGAUUCUCUUGCCUCAGCCUCCCAAGCAGCUGGGACUACAGGCGCCCGCCACAAUGCCUGGCUAUUUUUUGGGUUGCAGUUGUCAUUGUUUAGUGGGCCGGGCUGGGUUCCAACCGCCAGCCUCGGUGUAUGUGGCUGGCGCCCUAACCACUGAGCUAAAGACGCCAAGCCAUGAUCUGGACUUUAAAGAAAUAGUGUUCUCUUCUCUGCUUCUUCUCUGCUUCUAUUUAAGGCAAUCAAAAAGAUUUCCCUUUUGAUGUACGUCCUUUUGUGCUCUUCAAGAUCUCAUUCUGGCUGGGGUUGGGGAGGGGAAAAUGGCCACUGAUUUGAGUCCCUUCAUUUUGUCCAGGACCCUGGUUCCUGGAACCUGAGUGCUGAUGAACACUGGAGUGGGAGCCAGUGUGCUCUUUGGAGUCCUGAGGGAGGCCAGUGGGUAGCAGGAAGCUGCCUGGUUAGGGAUCUUCCCUGUCUCUGGCCCUGCACCCUGAUCCUUAGUGAACGGGGACUUUGGAAGGUGGGAAGCAGAGCUUUAAAGCUGGCCCCAGGCUGGAGGGUGGAUCCUGUGUCUGGCUUUUGUCCCUGACCUCUGGGGUAGGAAGGCAUUGGGGCGGCAGAUGUAAAAGGGACCCGGAGCUCGAAGUUUCAGAUAAACCCUAACAGCGCUGUUCUCUUGGAGAUGCAAACUCGGAAUGCUGCUAAUUCCACUCACUGGGUGUGUGGCCUUGAGCAAAGUAAUCUCUUUGAGUCUGUUUCUUUAUUUAUUGGGGACAGAAAUAGUAACUACCUUAUAGGAUUCUUAUGAGAGUUAAAUGAGAUUGUAUAUAAAGUGCCUGUCCUAUCUUAUAAUAAGUGCUCAGUCCCAGGUUCAACAUUUAUGAUGUGGACCUAGACAAAUCAAUUUAACCUCUCUGAGCCCCAAUUUCAUCAUUGGUAAAAGGGCAAACAUCAUACCUACCUUUUGGGAUUCUAAUGCAUGUUGGAGUUAAUGUAUAUAAACUUUACAGUGAUUCUCACAGUGUGAUCCUUGUGCACAGCAUUCCCUGGGAGCUUUUUAGAGAUGUGAACUCUCAGGCUCAGACCUACUGAUUCAGAAACUCAAGCAGUUGGGCAGGGCUCGCUGGAACUGCCCGCCUAGUGGUUUGGAAACCACAGCUCUAGAGCGAUUCCUACAUAGGAGUUGGCUAAGAGAUGAGGGCUAAUUGAAAUAAUUUCCCAGUGUUCACUGGAGUCCUGGAGAGGAAAUUUGGUUCUCUUGUUGACCUUAGGCAAGUUACCUAAUCUCUCCAGGCAUCUGUAAUAUGGAGCUAUAACAGAAUGUCACUAUAACAGAAUGUAUAGGAUGUGAGGAUCAAAUGUGCCUGGCACAUAGUAAAUGCUCAAUGUUCCUGCCUUUAUCAGCAGCGGUGGGGGUCUGAUGGGGUUACUGGACCCCAGGGGGAGAUUUUGGGCCGGAGGUGUGAGCGCUCCACUUUGCUGUUAGAAGCAGUUGAGAGGGCAGGGCUGCCAUCUCUGCUGGGAGUUCCUUCUCUGCCAUUUAAAAAGCACCCUCAGAUGCAUCAUUAUUAUCUUGUGAUGCAGCAUGAGAGAAUUAAAUUAGACAAUAGAGGGCCUUCCUGAGAGUGAGGAUGAGAAGGGGCUGGCCCUAGGGGCAAGGAGAGGUAGACAUCGAGUUCUGGACUCACCCCAAGCUCCAGCAACCUUGAGGGGAGCAGGGUUUCCUUGAGGAAUCUGCGGGAAGGAGGAAGAACCGGGUCCUCUCACAAGGACUCGCGAGGAUGGGUCCAAGGCGGCGUGGAAACUCCUCGCUCCGCGGAGAGGGCCGUGGAGACAGAUGAGCCGCGGAGGAGGCCUCUUCCUGCUCCCCGUGUCCCUGUCGCUGGAGGUGUCUGUGGGAAAGUACCCUACCAUCUACGCUGUCAAUGGCACCGAGAUCCUGCUGCCCUGUACCUUCUCCAGCUGCAUCGGCUUCCGGGACCUCCAAUUUCGGUGGAUCUACAACAACAAGACUAUCAUAGACGGGAUUGUGAAGAAUGAGAAAUCUGACCCCAAGGUGACAUUUAAAGACGAUGAACGCAUCACUCUGGAGGGCUCCACCAAGGAGAAGAAGAACAACAUUUCCAUUCUGCUGAGGGACCUGGAGUUCAGUGAUACAGGCAAAUACACCUGUCACGUGAAGAACCCCAAGGAGAAUAAUCUUGAGCACAAUGCCACCAUCUUCCUCCAAGUCGUUGAUCAGUUGGAGGAAGUGGACAACACGUUGACACUCAUCAUCCUAGCUGUCGUGGGCGGGGUCAUCGGGCUCCUCAUCCUCAUCCUGCUCCUGAAGAAACUUAUCACCUUCAUCCUCAAGAAGACUCAGGAGAAGAAGAAGGAAUGUCUCGUGAGCUCCUCAGGGAAUGACAACACGGAGAAUGGGUUGCCUGGCUCCAAGGCAGAAGAGAAAGCACCCACAAAAGUGUGAGCCCUGCCUCGGGCCAAGCAGCCGUGGGGAACCUCCCUUUCUGAAGAAACUGAUGCUUGAGCCCCAACGUGCUGACACACCUACUGCUUGGCUCAAACUGUAGUCUUUCGUCAGGGGAAACUGGGGUCCUGCCCAGCCUGGCCACCCCCUCCUGAGCCAGGGUGCCCCAGGGAUAAGGGAUGCCCAGGGAGAGCACUUGUGGAAGGUUCUGGAAAAGGAGGUGCUGAGGUGGUGUGGAGGGGCUGGUCCCUGACACCUGGGUAGAUGGGGUCCCCUUCUGUCUCUCCACCCUGUACCCUGUACAAGCAGGACUUUGCUUUUUUCCUCCAGAGUUUUCUUCAAGAGGGACUUGGACCCAUGAGGGCUGCCCCAAGAGCUGGGGUGCCAUAGGGUGAAGGAAGAGCUGUGUGUGGCUCCAUUUGGAGGUGGAAGUGGGCUGGAGAACUCUGGAGGAGACCUGGGGCAGAGGGCUGCUGGCAGAAGGACUUUUCUUCUGCCCUUAGAGCUGUCAGCUUUGUCCUAGGCUCCCUAGCCCACCCUGCUCAGUUUUUAAGCCCUCCCAACUGGGGCUGGCUGCCUUGGUCUUGAGGGGUCCCGGCCCCCCAGCCUGCUCCUCUGCCUGUGAGUUAUUGAGGGGCUCGUGGAGGGGUCCCUUGAGACUUUCCAGAGCACUAGAGCACCACCCACGCCUUUCCUAGCAUUUCUCCUUGGGGAAUCAGGCUGCAGAAGUCUCAAGCCAGUGUCCCCGAGGCCUCUCUGCCACUGGAAUGCCCACCCCAGCCCUGCCAGAGCUGGCAGCCCCUCCUGGCCAUGGCAGGACCAUCGCCACUCCUGGGCGCUCCUUAGCCCAGCUCUCCCCUGCUCCUCCCCAUCCUCUGCAGUAGUGGGUGCAUUCUCUUGCUUGAGAGGUUGCACUGUCAAACCUCUCAUUGGCUGGCCCCUCCCGUGCCUCCAUUACACCCUCUCCCCUGCCCUGGGCCUGUCUUCACCUCAGGGUCCCUCUUCUUUGGGAUGAAAGGGCCCUUGGGUUUCCCAGCUGCUUCCUGCUCAGCUGAGCCACUGCCUUCCAUCCUGAGGUUGGGGGGAGCAGGGAGAGGGCCUCCAUAGCAACUUUGCUUUCCCAGGAACUGGUUUGCACACCCCCGUGUGGGGGGCUCGACUGUGCCUUAGCUCCUGAUCCCAGCUCUUGCCUCCUUGUUGGGCUCCCAGAGAGGGGAUUGUGGUGAUGUUGGAAGUGGGAUUUCCUGAUGGGACCAGGUGGGGUGGAGACGGGGAGGCUGGGGAUGGCAGGGCUGUGACAGCAGGGCUCUCCACCAUCUGCUUCUACUCCCUUGCUCCCCUUUUGAAUUCUGACACUCCAGCCUCUGGGUCCCUAGAAUAGGAGGGGAGCAGCCCUCUCCCUGGGAUUGCCCUUAGGGCUCUUCCUGCCAAAGAACAGCCACAAGCUUCCCUGAGGGUGGAGACUGAGGAACAGCAGCACUGGUGCCCAUGGCAGUUCCCAGUGUCCCUUCCCCAAACUGAUGGGCUCACAAGUUCCCCCUCUCACCUGCCUCUGCUCCUCUUGUCGGAGGACUGGAGUUCAGAUUUUCCUGGCUUUGGGAGCAGACAGACCAGAGCCACUAGCCAUUCCGGAAACUUCUUAUAGCUGCCUUCACGCAAAACUGCUUUCUUCUCCCUUUCCGAUGUCAACAUUUGAAGAGGGGGAGCUCCUGGGGGCUCCUUUUCCUGUCUUGAGAGGAAGCUGAGUGUAUGGACCAGGGAGAGGAAGGACGUCACCCUCUUCUUCCUCUCCUGGGUCUACUGCUGACUUCUCAGUGGGUCAUGAAGGCUCCCUGGGUUCAGCUCUUCCCAUUCAGCAACAUAGUAAUACCUACCUCACAGGGUUGUUGUGAGGCUUGGCAAAUUUUGUCUAUGAUAUUUUUUUGAUUUGGCAAGGGAUCUGGGAAUCCAGGUGUUAUAAUUGGAGGAAUUUUUCCAGAUCCGUUCUGUCCCCAUCUCUAUGUCCCAUCCCUAUGACACUCACACACACACCCUCACACAUACACACACACUCAC